GGAACAAAGACACGUUUGUAGGAACAAACCAUGUUAGGUUGGCAACGUUUAUUUUUAUUUCGUAAUGUUUUCGACCCUGCUCAAUCAGUCAGUUGACGUUUAAAUUUAAAAAUGGCCGAGUUGCUGUCAGUUCCUUUAAAAAAACCUUCUGAAGUCGAUAUUGUAAAACCGCUUAAAAAUUUAAUACAAUCGCGAUACAGCACCGCAGACAAACCGGAGGAUUGUGGCGAAGCCAUCGAAGAAUUCUCCAAGCAACGACACAAUGCAAUUUGGAAGGCAUUUGAAAAGUACGAGAGUUCACUGGAAAUUAUUUAUGGAUAUUACGAUCAAAUUGUCGCUUUAGAAAGCAAAAUACCAGCUCAAGAGUUGCAGGUGCCUUUUAAAUGGAAGGAUGCUUUUGAUAAAGGUUCAUUAUUUGGAUCUAGGAUUAGUCUGACUGUUUCUUCCUUAAGCUAUGAAAAAGUUUGUGUUCUAUUUAAUAUUGCUGCUUUACAAAGUGCUGUAGCUUCAGUACAAAGCAUUGAAAAUGAUGAGGGUCUUAAACUUUCAGCCAAACUGUUACAGCAAUCUGCUGGAAUUUUUAAUCACCUAAAAUCAACAGUCAUGUUAACAAUACAACAAGAUCCCACUCCAGAUUUGAAUCCUGAUACAUUGGGGGCAUUGUCCUCCCUGAUGUUGGCUCAAGCACAGGAAAUGUUUGUUCACAAGGCUAUUCAUGAUAACAUGAAAGAAUCCAUUGUUGCCAAAUUGGCUUCUGCUUGUGAAGAUCUUUAUGCAGAAUGCUUAAAAACAUUCCAGAGAGAAAAUUUGAAGAAUAUUUGGGAAAAGGAUUGGGUACCAUUGAUUGCUGGAAAGCAGGCUGGUUUUAACGCAAUCGCCGAACUCUAUCAGAGCAUGAUUUGCAAAAACGAUAAAAUUAUUGGCGAAGAAAUCGCGAGGUUAACUAGAUCCGUUGAACUUUUCAAAUCUGCCCAGCAACGUUCAGGGAUACCAUAUUUGUUUCAAACUCUUUGCAACAAGGCCGAAAGGAACUUGAAUGAGGCCAAAAAAGACAAUGAUUUUAUUUAUCACGAAAGGAUUCCAGACAUAAAGUCUGUCAAUCCGAUCGGAAAGGCUCAAAUGGCUAAAUUGCAGACGCCUGGACAUCCUAUGAGCCAAAAUUUUAGAGACUUGUUUAGUGAACUGGUUCCAGUUGCUGUCCAUCAGGCUUUGGCUUCAUAUGAUUUAAGAAAAACCGAAAUCGUAAAUACGGAAAUUACUCGUCUUAGGGAAUCUACUCAAGAACUUAACGGGUUAUUGGCAAGCUUAAAUUUGCCAGCGGCAAUCGAGGUGGCUGAUUCCAGCAGUGGACUUCCGCCAUCCAUUCUAGAGAAAGCAAAUAUAAUCAGCCAGCUGGGAGGAAUAACUGAGUUAAAGCAGAUGGUAACAGAACUUCCGGAGUUGCUUCAGAGAAAUCAGGAUAUUUUGGAUGAGACUGAUAGGAUGUUAAAUGAAGAAAAAGAAGCUGAUGAUUCAUUGAGACAGCAGUUUAAGGAAAAGUGGACUCGUGUAGCUUCCGAUAAACUUACCGACAUCUUUAGGUCCAACUCUGCAAAGUAUCGGCAAAUUAUUAACAAUGCUGUAGAGGCCGACAAAGUGGUGCGUCAGAAAUUCGAGACGCACAAGAACGGAAUGGAAAUCCUGAGCAAGCCGCCAUCUGAGAUAGAGGCGGCGCUGCCGCACUCCGGCUCGACCGGCAACGUGGAAAACUCGUCGGCAGUGGUCACCCUUCGCCAGCUAAUGGAGGAGGUAGAAACAAUUAAGGCCGAGCGCGACGUGAUCGAGUCGGAACUGAAGAGCGCUGCGACGGACAUGAAGGGCGUAUUUUUGUCGGCCCUAUCCAAGGACGGCGCCAUCAGCGAGGCGCCGCUAUCCGUGGAGACGCUGGGCAAAACGUACGGACCGCUGCAAAAGCAAGUGGCCGAAAGCGUGCAGAGACAGGCAGGUUUGGUGGACAGGAUACAGCAAGCACAUUCUCAGUUUACUCAAGAAGGUGGCUCCACCAAUGGAGGCAGAGAAACAAUGAUGUGUCAGUUGGCGUCUGCACACGACGCUUUUAGGGAUUUACAAAAUAACUUGAAGGAGGGUACCAAGUUUUAUAACGACCUAACACAGCUUUUGGUAACAUUCCAAAACAAAGUUUCCGACUUUUCUUUCGCACGAAAAAAAGAAAAGGAAGAACUUUUAAAGGAUAUUACGCAACAGAGCAGCAGGUCCACACCAACCCCUACUCCACCCACACCAUCUUACUAUUCAGGUUCCGAUGGACGAUCUACUCCCUCAAGUGCCCCCUCAAGUGCUCCAACUCCAACACCAGGUUCAGCACCCCCGUCGCAAGUUCCCUCCAACCUACCAUAUCCUGUUUACGUUCAAGGUAUGCCGGUGCCUUAUGGAGCAUCUUCGAAUACGCCAUACCCAUCGUACGUUCCACCGCCCAUGCCUCAAGGAUACAACCCAUAUGGGACAGUGCCGUACCCAGCCACAUAUAAUUAUCCUGGUGGCUUUCCUCAAGGAUAUCCUCCUCAGGGUGGUUAUCCACAACAGCCUCCUCCAGGAAACUACCCACAACAACCAGGACAACCUGGAUACCCCCCACAAAACCCAUGGUAAAAAGUAAUAAGCAUUUUUUGUAUGUAAUUUAAAGCUUUAUGAAUUGUAUUAUGAUCAAGUUGCACUUGACAUUAAUCCCCAUUUUUAUUAUGUAUCUUUUUUUAACAAUAUCUGAAACAGUUACUGUUGUAAGUUUUAUAAUAAUUUUAUCAAUUAGUUAAUAUAGAUAUUCAAAUAUAUAUUUUGC